AUGGUGCAUCCUGGCUUUUCGACUUCUGGUUCUCGGACAAAGAAAUUGGACGCGUAAUCAGAAAGAAUCCUCUGAUCUCUUUAUUUGUGAACUCUGAUCUGCAUGUACCUAUAUAUAUGUAGGUAUGUCUGGAUUUCAUGUUUUUAAUGGUGGCUACGUCCGCGGCGACUCAAUAUUUUUAUCCGUGUAUUUUGGAUAAACGUGGCCGGCACAUAUGAAUGUCUCAUUAUAUACUUGCAUCUUUGUUCAAACUUUCUCUCAGUUUCUGAUUUAAGUUGGUUUCUUACCUUCUUUCAGCUCGAAGGAGAAACCCACUCUAGGGUAUGUUUCUUCAAUCUCUUGUUCUAUUAAAUUUCCAACAGGAGGUUGCUGUGUUUUCUUUGACAGUGAUUUGGUGCAAUAAAAUGAAUGGUAUUACAUGCUUGUCACCAUACUUCUUUCUGUCUCCUCAGAUGUUAUCUAUAACUGCAUUACUGAUAAAACUUUCAGUCGUGUGAGUUGUUAUUUUUUUUAGUCGGUACUUCACACCGUACUCUUAUUAUUUAUACUGGCCUAUGUAUCUCUUGGCGUCUUAUCCUUCAAAAUUUGUGCCUUGGGAUAAUGUUUGUGUUUUGCCUUUGGUUUGAGAUACUCAUCUUAUGCGUAUCUGAUUGGUGCCCACUUUUUUUCAGCGAUUACAUGACGUGAUGCUGUGAUGUGAGAUGCCAUAUGUAAAUAGUUUCAUUUUGCCAACAAUACUUCUAAUUGACUGCUAUUGAGUGGAUUUAUGAAUUUACCUUUCUCAUUAUUUUACGUUCUUAUUUGAAUAUAUGCAAUCGGUACAUCUCUGUAUUCUGAUAAGGCUCCACGCACAUAUGCUAGAAGGAAGAAGGCCCAAAGCCCAAUAAAUCAAUAACGGUUAGCAUGAUUGAGGGAAGGCACAGUCAUUCACAUCAGCUCAUUCCCAUAGGCUUUUGACUUUUAGAGGGCAAUUCUCUCGCAUGGUAUUAUAGCCUGGAUUUGUUUAUGUUUUUCCAAUAGUAACCUUAGGGAAAUAAAAACAGGAGACUCUUAGCGGAGCAGUUCCAAGCAGAGAGAUAAGCUUGCCAAAAGGCUCUGGAAAGGUGUUGCCUCUUAUGACGUGCUGAAUUUCUGAAACAUAUAUUUCAGGUGGAUUACUCUAAGGGAUGAUAGAAUAGUCGUGUGUCCAGUGAAUGAGAGAAACAAAACACGUGGUUAAGGUAUAUGUGCAUAUUUUCCUAUCUGCUUGUUAGUUUGGAGUUGGAUAGAGUGGUUCUUUUGCAUAUGUUUCAUUGGAGUGACGCAGUUGAACUACACUCUGACAGUAUAAAUAAUGCUCUUGUAGUAAGUUGCAAAUAAUGAUUCGUGGUUAUCUAAAAUAGCUUCUAUGCGGUUAUUGUUAUCAUCAGUUUAUUACAUGAUCUUUUCUUCUCUUGGUUUAGUGGCACGCGGAUUAAGACCCGCAAACGGAACAUAGCAGCUCCCUUGGACCCUGCAUCUUUUGCAGAUGCAGUGGUCCAGAUAUAUGUGGAUAAUGCUGGUGAUCUGGUAUGAAUCGAUCCUUUUUAUGACUUAUGUCCUUAUCUAUCAUUCUACUUUUAUAUAAUGACGGGAUCGGUUGAUCCUCAAAUACCUAUCUAACGAAAAAUAACAUAGCAAUUUCUGAUUAGAUUGUGUCUGGUGACUGUUAUGGAAUUAAAUAGAGUUGUGAGGAUAUUUUUUUGGGUUUCGCAUCAUAUUUUUUAUUCAAUAUGAUUUUUCUAAGUUCUUGAUCUGUUCUCUAGCUUAAAUCUUGUGGUGCGACUGUUGAUUUAUUACAUAUAAAUCAAUUAAAAUUUAUUGCAAUACUUACUGAGGCUUUGCUUACAGGAACUGGUUGCCAAGAGCAUUGAAUCUUCGGACCUUAACUUCUCACGUUAUGGGGAUACCUUUUUUGAGGUAGUUCUCGAGUUUGCCUUUAAUGACUGAUUCUUGCUGUUAUACCUUGACUUUUUCACCCUGUGAUGAGAUAUUUUUUGAGGUAGCUCUUGUGUUCGACUUUUAAUGACCGACUCUUCCUCUUAAGGCUUAGCUUCUCACUGUGUGUAAUGAUCCCUGUUUUGUGUUGUUCUUUAGUUUUGACAUAUAGUGACGGUUGUCCGUUUCUUUUUGUGAUUCUUUUUUUCUGUUUUAAACAAUCGCUGACCUCCAUUCAGUACUCUAUUUUUAUGAGUAAUUUUCUCCCUGAUUUCCAUGUUUCUAAUCAUUAUUCUGUAAACUUGUGUUAUUUCUUUCGAGUGAAAGGGAUAUUACUUUGGUUUCCGUGGAAAAAGAAAAGAAAAUGACUUAGGAUUUCCUGAAAAAAAAACAAGAUUAAUGGUUGUGCGAAAGCCUACCAUGCAGUCGAAUAAAUCAUGACGAUUCCGUUUAUAUAGCUGCUUGAUCUUUCAAUGCCUCUGCAUAUAUGGAUUCAUCUAGCAGAAGAUCUACCAAUUAGGAUGGCUGUUGAAAGGGUAAAAACCCUAGAUGAAAGUCAAACUAACCCUAGCAGUGGGUUCGGUUGAAUUGGUUUUAGGAUAUUGGCUACCUGAUAGUUUGAAAGUAUAUGGGAAAAGAAUCGUCCAUAUAUUUUGCUAUUCAACAUUUUCCUACAGCGUGUUUUUUAUGCCACUUUAUAUCAUUUUCAGGUAGACUAGGUCUAUUCACGUGUGAUGGUUGUAUGGUCUCACAUUUAUAUCUAGCAUGCAUACCCUCUCCACACGUCACCUUGAUGCAUAAAAUCAUGCGUAUGCCUUUAAAUCUGAAUUCCUAUACUAUUGUGGAAAACCUUUAACAAGCGGAAAAUUUCACAAUGAAUCCACAUGUACUCUGUCACGAACAAACGUUUGGUAUGAGUGAUGGAUGCCCUGCUGCUGUUUUCUCCUUUUUUCUUCUCCAGUUACCAGCUGCUUAGCCUGUUGUCUCCUUUUUAUUCUCUUCUUGUUUCUUCUCUUUUUCAAUUUUCCUACGUCCGUGUAGAAGUGUUUCAGAUUGUUUGGAUCUAGUUUUCUAGUCCUCAAUGCCAGAUCCAACACAAUUCACUCUGGAUCUAUGUCUUUGAAGUCUAUCAGCAGAAAAUCCUCUAAUUUGUACUUUUUACCCGUUGGUUUAGGGCGGUCUUUUCCCAUUCAUUGAUGAUGGGGAUGACCAGUGGCGCAGAUGCUGUAGUCACUUAUCUCAUUGGUUUCCUCGGUCUCAUGUUUUUCUUCUCCAGUUUCAUCUUUUCCUUAAGAUCUUCAUGGAAUCCUGACGUAGUUUCUUGGCUUGUUUUUAAAAUGUUAUGGGGGGUCAAUAUUCCCCCCGUUGAAAUCAGAUCGGGGAUGCCUGAUUGUUUUUCCCAGCCAUGCCACAUAUCAUUGCUUCUCAUCUUCUUUUUGAGAUAUUUUUAUUGCUGUGCGGUUCAAAUUUUUAGUGUGUUAUACUCUUCAUUGCUGCUUAGUUUGUAGAUUAUUUUGUUGUAACUUAUUCUCUGAGAUUCAAAUGCUCUUAUCCGUAUGCAUCUAAGAUUCACUUAUCUCAGAUUAUUUAUUUAUUUAUUUAUUUUUUCUUAUGGACUGCUUAGUUAUUGAGACUUAAAGUUAAAUAGGGUUUUGAUGCUAAUUGUUGCUACACGUUUGGUUAUGCUAAAGCUGCAAGAAAAAUCACUGUUUAUCUCUUAGCUUUGUUGCUACUUUCUUUGUUGGUGAUGAAGUGUUGGGUUAACAUUAUUGGGUGUUUGAUUGACUUUACAAUUUUUGGCUCUGUUUCUAUUCUUCAUGCAUCACUUCGUACUCUAGUUGUCUUCUUUAUGUUUUGUUAUCACAACAAAUUCAUUUUUACAUGAAUCAAUGCCACUUGGGUCACUGGAGUGCAGGUUGUCUUCACUGGGGGACGUACACAGCCAGGCACAGUAAAACCCGAUGAUGGAGAAAGACACUCGCACUCCGUUCUAGAUUGUGAGGCGAAACGUGAAGCUAUCUUGCCAUCUGUUCUCUACAUACAGAAAAUACUGCGCCGCAGGCCGUUUCUCAUAAAAAAUCUUGAGAAUGUCAUGCGAAGGUUCUUGCAGUGUCUGGAGCUUUUUGAAAAGGAUGAGAGUAAGAAGCUCUCCAUUUUUACUGCCCUCGCGUUCUCUCAGAAGCUGUCGGGGCUUCCACCAGAGACCGUCUUCCAGCCGUUGCUCAAGGACAACCUUGUGGCCAAAGGGCUGGUCCUUUCAUUCAUCACUGACUUCUUCAAGGAGUACCUUGUGGAGAACAGCAUAGAUGAUCUCAUUUUGCUUCUGAAAAGGGGAAAAAUGGAGGACAACCUUCUCGAUUUCUUCCCAUCUGCCAAGCGCACCAUUCAGGCAUUCUCGGAGCAUUUCACGUGAGUAAAUCCUCCCUUCCCCUUCAAUCUGUUGGAAAAUUUCAAAUAAAAUCCUUCAAUCUGUUGAAUAGUUAGCCUCACCUAAGAACAUCACAGGGGGCGGUCAGUCCUUGAUUCUUCAAAACCCGCAUUCAUGUAGAGACCUCAAUGUCUGAUGAGUCAGGGGAGGUAUAUAACAGGGGCUUUUAUGAAAUAAAUGAAGGCUAACUUUGUAUUUUCUGUUUUCUCGAGUUCAUUUUCUUCUUGUAUUGUUGUAUUAUCUUGUAGACCGGAUGGGUCAUCCCAACCUUCCACUUACUAUUCAGGAAACAUGGCGGCUAUAUCUUCAGUUAUUUGUUUGUUAAAAGAAAGUCCUUUCUCCCUGUUUACUUUCAAAACUAAAUAUUCUCCUCUCUUUGGCUGCUGGGUUAUUAGCAAGGAAGGGUUACCCAUUCUCGUUCAGUACAACGAGAAAAAAGUAUUUGACGUCAAAUUGAGGGAGAUGAAGUCAGCGUUGACCACCCAGAUUGCAGAGGAAACAGAUGUCUCUGAAGUGAUAGAUACCGUCAAGCAGUGCGUCAAGGAUGCCAAUUUGCCCGAUGUUGAGGUGGUCCGCAUCCUCUGGGACGUCAUCAUGGACGCUGUUCAGUGGUCUGGAAAGAAUCAGCAGCAGAAUGCCAAUGCAGCCCUCCGACAGGUAAGAACAAAGAGUCUUAAAGUUUUUGAUAAAUAGAGGGAUUAAAUAAAAUUUACAUUAAUUUUUAUGGGGCCAUUCUCCUUCAGGUGAAGACAUGGGCAAAGCUUCUGAGUGCCUUCUGCACGAGCGGGAAGCUGGAGCUCGAGCUGAUAUACAAGGUUCAGACCCAGUGCUAUGAUGAUGCCAAGCUGAUGAAGCUGUUCCCAGAGAUUGUGAGGUCCCUAUAUGACCUUGAUGUUCUUGCCGAGGACACCAUUCUCCUCUGGUUUCAGAAAGGGACCAACCUGAAGGGCAGGUACCACUUCUCUUCCUAAACAUGGCCGAUUAUUUGAUUUCUUCUUUAAUUUACUUGACCUCGCCUGAUCCAUCUUAUGCCUGAUUCUGACCUUUUGGGUGUGGGACAGACAGACUUUUGUCAAAGCCCUGGAGCCGUUCGUCAACUGGCUGGAGGAAGCAGAAGAGGAGGAUUGA